GCGGCGUGUGCGGCGGCACAGGGUUCCCGAUUCGGAUCGGAAGGCCUGCUGAGCACCCCCCGCCCGCUUCCAUAAGGCUUUGCCUUUCCAACUUCAGCUACAGUGUUAGCUAAGUUUGGAAAGAAGACCAAAAGAAGACCCCGGGCCCUUUCUCUUUUGUUCUUCGCCGUAGUAGUUGUUGGGGUCUUUGGGCACAAGGCUCCUGGGUUUUCCUCGGUGCUCUCUUCAGUUCCUUGCACUCCUGUUAACAAGCACCUCUGCAGAAGCGGCGACAGAAGAGCAAGCGGGGGGCGCCUGGUGUCAUGACCAGGGCAAGAAAGCAAAACGGCCAGGGAGGAUGUUGGGAAUCCUUAACCAGCUACCUGACCUCUGCAAAAUUCCUUCUCUACCUUGGUCAUUCUCUAUCGACUUGGGGUGAUCGGAUGUGGCACUUUGCAGUGUCUGUGUUCCUGGUAGAGCUCUAUGGAAACAGCCUCCUCUUGACUGCAGUCUAUGGGCUGGUCGUGGCAGGGUCUGUUCUGCUCCUAGGAGCCAUCAUUGGUGACUGGGUGGAUAAGAAUGCCAGACUUAAAGUGGCCCGGACUUCACUGGUGGUACAGAAUGUUUCUGUCAUCCUGUGUGGCAUCAUCUUGAUGAUGGUUUUCUUGCAUAAAAAUGAUCUUCUGACCCUUUACCAUGGAUGGGUUCUUACUUCCUGCUAUAUCUUGAUCAUCACUAUUGCAAAUAUUGCAAAUUUGGCCAGUACCGCCACUACAAUCACUAUCCAAAGGGACUGGAUUGUUGUCGUUGCAGGAGAAGACAGAAGCAAAUUAGCAGAUAUGAAUGCUACUAUACGAAGGAUUGACCAGCUAACCAACAUCUUAGCCCCCAUGGCUGUCGGCCAGAUCAUGACAUUUGGUUCUGCAGUAAUUGGCUGUGGUUUCAUUUCGGGAUGGAAUUUGAUGUCCAUGUGUGUAGAGUACUUUCUGCUCUGGAAGGUCUAUCAGAAAACACCUGCUCUUGCUGUGAAAGCUGCUCUUAAAGUAGAGGAAGCUGAAUUGAAACAGCUGAAUUUACACAAAGAAACUGAGCCAAAAUCCCUGGAGGGAACUCAUUUAAUGGGUGAGAAAGACACUAACAUCGCUGAGCUGGAACAUGAGCAGGAGCCAAGCUGCGCCUCCCAGAUGGCCGAGCCCUUCCGCACCUUUCGAGAUGGAUGGGUCUCCUAUUACAACCAGUCAGUGUUUCUGGCAGGCAUGGGUCUUGCUUUCCUCUAUAUGACAGUUCUGGGCUUUGACUGCAUCACCACCGGGUACGCCUACACUCAGGGGCUGAGCGGGUCUGUCCUCAGUAUUUUGAUGGGAGCAUCAGCCAUAACUGGAAUAAUGGGAACUGUGGCUUUUACUUGGCUGCGUAAAAAAUGUGGCUUGGUUCGCACUGGUGUGAUCUCAGGAUUUGCCCAGCUUUCCUGUUUGAUCCUGUGUGUGAUCUCCGUGUUCAUGCCUGGAAGCCCUUUGGACUUGUCCAUUUCUCCUUUUGAAGAUAUCUAUUCUAGGUUCAUUCAAGCAGAGCCACUGUCUACAAUUACACCUACAAACGUCCCUGACAUCGUCUCUGCAACUGAAAUGCACAGGUCAAAUGGGUCUACUUCCGCUAACAUUGUUCCAGAGAUGAGCCCCAAAUCUGUGCCCAUAAUCUCUGUCAGUCUGCUGUUCGCAGGCGUCAUUGCUGCUAGAAUCGGUCUUUGGUCCUUUGAUUUAACUGUGACACAAUUGCUGCAAGAGAAUGUCAUUGAAUCUGAAAGAGGCAUUAUAAAUGGUGUACAGAACUCCAUGAACUACCUUCUUGACCUUCUGCAUUUUAUCAUGGUCAUCCUGGCCCCGAAUCCUGAAGCUUUUGGCCUACUUGUAUUGAUUUCAGUCUCCUUUGUGGCAAUGGGUCAUAUCAUGUAUUUCCGAUAUGCCCAGAAAACUUUGGGCAACCAGCUUUUUGUCUGUGGUGGUAAUGAAAAAGAAGUUACGAAUGAAAAUCAAACUAAUACAUCUGUUGUGUAAGACACUUUAACUGUUGCUGUCCCUGUUACUAGAUUAUAUAGAGUGCACGUGCUUAUUCUGUACCUCAGAAUUCCAAUAAACAGCUGGGUGUUUCUCUCUAGUUUUACCACAGCUAUACCUUGAGGGCUAAAAGCUAUUUAGGAAACCUAAGUCAGCAGAAGUAAUUUCCCUUACAUGGAAGGAUAGGAAAAGAAAAACUCAGUUUAAAUAUGGAGACUAAAAUGGUAAUUCUAAUUUUCCCUAUUUUAUCAUGAGUAGGUAAAAUUUUACAUGGAAGAAUGGUUAGUCAUGGGAAUUAAGUUGUUAAUUGGCAGAUAUUUAUUAUCUGUAUGUAAAUUCAGGUAUGACAUUUUUCCCUAAAACUUAUUCUUAUUCAAGCCCAGCUAAUUUACUUCUUUUUUUGGUUUCUUACUCUUGGUUUUAUUAUAAAAACAAAUAAAUUCUGCUCCAAGGAUGAAGAUUAAAGUUUGAUAACCAAUAUUAUCCUUAUUGAUCCUAUUCAUCUUAAGGGAUUUACAUGUAUGUACAAAAAUGAAAUGCUUAACUGGAAUUCUCUAAUAUAGGGCUUAUGGUUUAACUUUAGAGAGCACCUUUGUAUUUUUAUUAUUAGAUGGCACAAAAUCAUGUAUUAAGCAUAUGUAGCACUUCAUAAAAUAGCUAUCACGUAAGCUGCACGUAGAAGCAAAGCUGUAGAUUCAUAGGACAGUGAAUGCAUAAGGACUUCAAAUAUGCCAAUAGUUUGGCCAUAGAAACUAGAAGCUAAAAGUCACACACAAGGGCAAGAUCUGAGCUUAACUCAUGCCACUGUCGUUAACGAUCUCUGUCUUGGAAUAUGAGGGAUUCAUCUUUCAGCCUGGUAAGUUAAACAUAGAAAGCAAGCCCGUAUUUGGAAAGGUUUUAUUUUAUAAAUCAUUUGAUUUACUUUAAACAUGCUCCAGUAGAGCAUUUUACUUCUACUGUUUUGUACCCAGGAGUUAUUUUUACAUAAUUGUAGAGCAAGACUGUUUGCUCAUAAAUGUAUCCCUUUCAAAUGUCUCUGAGAAGAAUGGAGAGGGGAAAAAACACUUUUGUAUAUGUUUUUAAAAACUGUUUUACAAGUCAUUUUGCCACAUGCCAGUACCAACAUGGUACUUUGCCUUAACUGUUUAUGCACUUUUAUGGAGACUGCAAUACGUCGCUAUGAGCACUUUCUUUAUCCUUGAGGUUUAAUCUUCUUUCUGUAGUAUGACAAAAUGAUUUGCUAUGUUGUAAAAAUCUUUGUAAAAUAUUUCUAUAUAAAAACAUUUUUAAAAUCUUGA